CGCGCCGCCGGCGGAGGUCGGUGCGUGUCCGGGUGGAGAGACACGUGUGUUCUGCGACGUGUUUUAGGAACACCUGCAUCAAACCUACAGGAAAUUUAAUUUAGUGAUUUCUAGUUUUUUCUUUAUUUUUAUUAUUUGGUUUGAAAAGUCAAUAUUUCUCUCAAUAUUCAAAUCCUAAAGACGUAAAAUGGGACGCGGAGAAGGUCGAGAACAGUAUGAGCUGGCAGCCACCUCAGAACAGGGGGGCAAGAAAUCCAAGUCCAAGGGCAAAAAGGACAAGGAUAAGGAUAUGGAUGAACUGAAAAAGGAAGUGGACUUGGAUGACCAUAAACUGACUCAAGAAGAGCUUAACAGGAAGUAUGGCACCGAUCUUACGAGGGGUUUGACUGUCGCCCGUGUAAAAGAAAUUCUUGAACGUGAUGGACCCAAUGCUCUGACCCCGCCUCCAACUACCCCAGAAUGGGUCAAAUUCUGCAAACAGCUUUUUGGUGGUUUCUCCACUCUUCUGUGGAUUGGAGCUCUUCUUUGUUUCCUGGCAUAUGGAAUUCAGGCAGCUGCAGAAGAUGAACCAGCAAACGAUAAUUUGUACCUGGGUAUUGUGUUAUCUGCAGUGGUCAUGAUCACUGGUUGCUUCUCAUACUAUCAAGAGGCUAAGAGCUCAAAGAUUAUGGACUCCUUCAAGAAUCUUGUUCCUCAGCAAGCCUUGGUCAUCCGUGAUGGUGAAAAAAUGAGCAUCAAUGCAGAAGAAGUGGUGGUUGGAGACCUUGUAGAGGUUAAGGGUGGAGACAGAAUUCCUGCAGAUCUGCGUAUAAUUUCUGCCCAUGGAUGCAAGGUGGACAAUUCCUCACUCACUGGUGAAUCCGAGCCCCAGACUCGUACUCCAGACUUCUCUAAUGAAAAUCCUUUGGAAACGAGGAACAUUGCUUUCUUUUCUACAAACUGUGUAGAAGGUACGGCUAGAGGUAUUGUCAUCAACACUGGUGAUCGCACUGUGAUGGGCCGUAUUGCUACUCUUGCUUCUGGUUUGGAGGUUGGUCGAACCCCCAUCUCUAUAGAGAUUGAGCACUUUAUCCACAUCAUCACUGGUGUGGCGGUCUUCCUUGGUGUGUCCUUCUUUAUUCUGUCACUGAUUCUUGGAUACAGCUGGCUUGAGGCAGUCAUUUUCCUCAUUGGAAUCAUUGUGGCCAAUGUGCCAGAGGGUCUCUUGGCUACUGUAACUGUGUGUUUAACUCUAACUGCUAAACGUAUGGCAAAGAAGAACUGUCUGGUAAAAAAUCUUGAAGCAGUAGAAACACUUGGUUCUACCUCCACCAUCUGCUCAGACAAGACAGGAACUCUUACUCAGAACCGUAUGACUGUAGCCCACAUGUGGUUUGACAACCAGAUUCAUGAAGCAGAUACCACAGAGAACCAAAGUGGAACCUCUUUUGACAGAAGCUCUGCCACUUGGGCUGGCCUGGCUCGAAUUGCUGGUCUGUGUAACCGUGCAGUCUUCCUCGCAGAUCAAGACAGUGUUCCAAUCCUUAAGAGAGAUACAGCUGGAGAUGCAUCAGAGUCUGCUCUGUUGAAGUGUAUUGAGCUUUGCUGUGGUUCAGUGAGGGACAUGAGGGAUAAAUACACAAAGAUUGCAGAGAUCCCUUUCAACUCGACCAAUAAAUACCAGCUUUCCAUCCACAUGAAUUCCUGUGAAGGUGAGAGCAAACACCUGCUAGUAAUGAAGGGAGCUCCUGAGAGGAUUCUGGAUCGAUGUUCAACAAUUAUGCUUCAAGGAAAAGAGCAACCACUGGAUGAUGAGUUGAAGGAUGCUUUCCAGAAUGCCUAUUUGGAACUGGGAGGCUUGGGCGAGCGAGUGCUGGGUUUUUGCCAUUACAGUCUUCCUGAUGAUCAGUUCCCUGAGGACUUCCAGUUUAACACAGAAGAAGUGAACUUCCCCACUGAGAACCUGUGCUUUCUUGGCCUCAUGUCUAUGAUUGAUCCUCCUCGUGCUGCUGUUCCUGAUGCGGUUGGCAAGUGCAGAAGUGCUGGAAUCAAGGUUAUCAUGGUUACAGGAGAUCAUCCAAUUACAGCUAAAGCCAUCGCUAAGGGUGUAGGUAUCAUAUCUGAAGGCAAUGAAACUGUGGAAGACAUCGCUGCUCGUCUGAACAUCCCAAUAAAUGAGGUCAACCCGAGAGAUGCCAAGGCAUGUGUCGUUCAUGGUGGUGAUCUUAAAGACCUGACUCCUGAGCAGUUAGAUGAUGUUCUAAAACACCACACUGAGAUUGUGUUUGCCAGAACAUCUCCUCAACAGAAACUGAUUAUUGUGGAAGGUUGCCAGCGACAGGGUGCGAUUGUAGCUGUGACUGGUGAUGGUGUUAAUGAUUCUCCUGCUCUGAAGAAGGCUGAUAUUGGUGUAGCGAUGGGUAUUGCUGGAUCUGAUGUCUCCAAACAGGCUGCUGAUAUGAUUCUCCUGGAUGACAACUUUGCUUCUAUUGUAACUGGAGUAGAGGAAGGCCGCCUGAUCUUUGACAACUUGAAGAAGUCAAUUGCUUAUACCCUGACAAGCAAUAUUCCUGAGAUCACACCUUUUCUGCUGUUUAUAAUUGCAAAUAUCCCUCUUCCUCUGGGAACAGUCACCAUACUUUGCAUUGACCUUGGUACAGACAUGGUCCCUGCUAUUUCCUUGGCAUAUGAGGCUGCUGAGAGUGAUAUCAUGAAGAGACAACCCAGAAACCCCAGGACAGACAAGCUAGUUAAUGAAAGGCUUAUUAGCAUGGCCUAUGGACAGAUUGGUAUGAUUCAGGCACUUGCUGGCUUCUUUACCUACUUUGUAAUUCUGGCUGAGAAUGGGUUCCUGCCCUCUACCCUGCUGGGUAUACGUGUGUUCUGGGAUGACAAAUAUGUCAAUGACCUGGAGGAUAGUUAUGGGCAGCAAUGGACAUAUGAGCAGAGGAAGAUUGUAGAGUUCACCUGCCACACUGCAUUCUUUAUCAGUAUCGUGGUUGUACAAUGGGCAGAUUUGAUCAUCUGUAAGACCAGGAGGAACUCUGUCUUCCAGCAAGGAAUGAAGAACAAAAUUCUCAUCUUUGGACUGUUUGAGGAAACUGCUUUGGCCGCCUUCCUCUCCUAUUGCCCAGGAAUGGAUGUUGCCCUUAGAAUGUAUCCACUCAAACCAAACUGGUGGUUCUGUGCCUUUCCCUACUCGCUUCUUAUCUUUAUUUAUGAUGAAAUCCGAAAGCUUAUCAUCCGACGCAGUCCAGGAGGUUGGGUGGAGAGAGAGACCUAUUACUAAAGAACCCUGUCCACAUUGCACACACUUGUUUGCAUGGCUGUCUUGCUGCUUGGAAUUUAACCUCCAGUAAUUCAGUUUUUUUUAUAUAUAUAAAUAUAUAGAUAUAUUCACAGAAAUCUGUAUGUCUCUAGGGAAUGCUUGACACAAACAUGGAGAUCAUGAACCAAGACAUUGCGUGCCUUGUUUCUGAAGCUGGACCAAUUUUCUACGUUUUUAAAAUUGUGAUAAAUAUAUUCCCAGUCGGUUCCCACAUUUGGAAUCAUUUGGAUGCUUUACAUUUAUUCACUUGGCAUUGACUGUCCAAUUACAAACCAUAUAGAGAAAACACAAGCAUAGAGCUGAGCAGUUUGAAGGGGAAAAGUAGUUUUACUCAGAACUCCUCUAACACUAAAAAAAUAAACUUGAUUUAUUGACUAGAUUUAUAGCUUUAUGGCUUUCAUGGUGCAAAAUGAUCUGAGAUUUACAGACCAAGUUGGAGCCGCUGAGGUCUGUUUCUGUGCUUCCAUCUUAGGGGUGGGUUUUAAAGUCUGCUCUUUAUACUUCAGAGGGAAGCAUGUUUAAGCUUUAAAUGACCAUGUAAAGAAAAAGCAGUUUUAUCAUGUUUGAAGGUUCUGUUACACUCAAAUUACAUGUGAUCAUGACCUGAAUAUUUGGAGAUAUUAAGUAAACAUGCUCUUGCUGUGUGUUUCUGCUACAGAGGUCACAUUUACUUAGUGUUUCCUCUGUUUAUGGAUGGACUUAACAUUUAACAACUUGGCUGUUACAGCUUGAGCUACUCUUUGUGCUGUGUGGGUUUUUUUUCUUGAUGAAAUUUGAAAACUUUUAUUUUCCCCAGCAGCUUUUUAAAAGUUCAGAAAGAAGGAAAAUGCUUACAAUUUCCUUGUUUGACACAGUUUAAAAAAUUAAUAAGCAUGAACACAAUUUCCUUUAUAUAAGCGUAUGCUUUUGCCUGAUUAUAACAUUAAGGCAGGAAAUGAAAAAUGUUGUUUGUAUUUAAAACAAUGUAUUUGGUGUGCAUGAUUUUUGCAUGAAUGUUGAAGUAUUAUACAAACUAACAGCAACUGGGUCCAGUGUGUAAAGCAAGUUAAUCAGGAAAAGGAAAUUCUUGGGGACCAGGUUGUGUGUGUGUACAGUCAUCAUUUCUGCCUCAUUUAGGCUUUACCACUUUUUUGCAAUCAUAAUAAAAUCCAGGAAAUAUGAGCUUGUCAAUCAUCUUCUGUUUAUGACCUCCUUGAUAUGUAUGUCAUUAUUAUAAAUGCAUUCCCUAUGUGAAUGAAGACUGUUAAAUAAAUUCAAUAAAAACAAAACAAAAGGA